AUGAGUCGCUGUGAUUUUAAAAUCGUACUUUUGGGGAGUGAGCACGUAGGAAAGACUAGUCUGGUGCUUAGAUUUGUUAACUGUAGGUUUAAUGCAGGCACCCCGUAUCAAAAUACUAUCGGUGCAGCUUUUUGCGCCAAAACAAUGCAUUCAAACGGAAAAGACUUCAAUGUUGGUAUCUGGGACACUGCAGGCAGUGAAAGGUACGAAGCAAUGACGCGCAUGUAUUACCGCGGUGCACACGCAGCUAUAAUCUGUUACGAGCCCUCUUCAUUACUCUCCUGGCAGCGCCUGAGGCACUGGCUAGCGGAACUUAGAACUGUGGAGGAGACCUGUAAAGUUUACCUUUGCGCUACAAAGAAAGAUCUCCUAGACGCCGGCAUUGUCACCCGAGAAGUCCCUGAGGAUAUUGUGGCCACAUAUUCACAAGAUUUAUACGGACACUUUCAAACUUCAAGCAAGACAGGCGAAAAUGUUCAGGAACUCUUCCAAAAAAUAGUAGACGACUGCGGUGCAGACAACAGAAUGAUGCAAAAUGUGGAAGAAUUAAGAGUCCAGCUUCAGAAAGAAGAGGCUGCUUACAAGGCUAGAAAUAAGGAGUACUGUUAUUGCUGAUAGAAUAACAUUUAGGUCAUACCCAUUGACUUAGAAAUAAAUGGACGACGGGUCUAAUACAAAAACCACGAAAAAAAUGUCCCAAGAC